AAAAAUAUCAAUCAAAAUUUUGAUAGAAAAAAGAUUCGCGAUGGGCAGCGUUCUCCCGUAAAGCUAAAAAGGUGGGAGCCGGUAUAAAGAGAGGAAAUACUCGAUGGCGAUGGCCAGUGAGUUCAGUGAGAGUGCCGUGAUCCUUUUACCGAUCUACUGUGAAAGUCAACCAUGAAGUUACUGCCACUGCUUGCACUCAGCUACUGUUCUAUCGUCGUUGUACUAUCGGAAAGUACAGAAAGCGCGAAAAGCACGAAGGAACAAGAUUUAAAAGCACGCGCGUCGAAACAACUCGAACGAUUGGCCCCCUAUCGAAGAGUGCACGACAACAAGCAACCAAUAUCCGACGAACAGUGGCAAUUGCUCGAGAAUGCGGCCAAGGAUCCCGAAAUCAGGGCGUUCAACGAGGAAAAGAUCUUGGAGAUCUAUUGGCUUCUUCCCGAAAACGUGCAGAAGGACAUCAUAGAGAAAAUUGGCGGGAGUCGAGAGAUAAUCGAGAUGCUGGCAAAUAAGAAGUACAUGGCGUUGGUGGAGGAUAAAGAUAUCAAUAAAAGAUCAGGAUCGAAACGCGAAACGUACAGUCACGAUGGAUACGAGACACCAACUAGCGGAUAUCCGCCGCAGGAAUACGCAGAGUACGCGCCAGAGUACGGAGAUCAAUAUGGGAAACCUGAAUCGUCCGGAUCCGAUUCUGGAUCGAUCUUAAAGGGAUCUGGGAGUUUGAUCGGCGGUAUAGCCAAAGGCAUUAUCGGUGGCCUCGUCAGUGCAUCGGGAAGCGCAUCGAAAGGUUCAUCUUCGGUCUCGGCCUCGAGUUCUCAGUCAAGCGUCCAAUCAAGCUCGAAUAGUGGUGAUAAGCCAAAGCCAAGGCCGGAAUAUGGACAAGUUUACUCGUAUGGCGAAAAGGUGUUCGACGUUUGGGACUUCAAAAAGGCGAUCGUUAGCACAUUAAUGCAAGCCGUAAAAGCUAUAAGUGGCGGUGUGAUUGCUUUGAAAGGUCAGCUAUUGAAAGGAAGCGGUUACCUUGUCUCUUCAAAGGGAAAAAUAAUUAGUAAAACUGGGGAUGUGAUCACUACAUUGGGUCGAAAUAUCGCUAAGAGUGCCGUGCAACCUCGUACGGAAUCACCCCCUCCCAUGUAUUUGUACGAUCAUCCUCCUCCACCAAUUAGUCACGAAGAUAUUUACGAAGGGCCUCCUCCACCCGAUCACGAGGAAUAUAGCGGGCACCACGGAUAUCAUGAAAAUGCGAAUUAUGAAUCCUCGGAUAUCGAAGACCAGGCGGGCCUACUUAUUGCGAAACCGACGAAACCUGAUAACCAUGAUCACCACACUGUGAACUUGGAAAUUCGAAAACCUGCUGUGACGCAUCCGGAAGACGAUUAUUACGGGCCACCACCUGAAUUACCUCACAAAGAUAUCGAGAACACCGUGAUACCGAAUUAUCAUUUUAAUCAAGACGACCACAAAGUGAACUCCAAUUCUCCAUUGCCAUCCAGCUACGACGUUAUGAUUCAACAUUCGUCGAAUGAUCAAAAUGGAUACGACUAUCCAAUCUAUCCUCCACUUGCUCCCAGUCCUCCAUCGAAUCUUCAUGCACCGUACACGAUUCAACAGAGCAUCGAGUAUCCACCUAUACACAUUCAAUAUUCUAUCCCUGAUAAAGGAAACUUGCAUUUUCCAAAGAGUGAUAUGUCUAGCAACGAUUUGUCCGUGUACUCGAGCUUAUCGAUAGAUACGAAUCCUAAAAUAGAAUCGAUUAAAAUAUCCGCGGAAUUGCCCAAAUUGCAAUCUCUUGCAAACAUCUCCAAGAGUCCAUUGCUUCCAUAUUCUUACUCCAUGCUACAGGGGCCUUUAAAGAUACCACUACUGACUCCAUAUUGGCAAAAUCAGGGAUUGAUUCAACCUUUCACUAAUUUCAACAUGCAUGGAUUGUAUCAGAGAAAAAGUAGUGGACAGAGAAGAAGAUCCAUAAACGAAUUUGUUCACCGUAUGAGACUACCUAGAGGGUAAAUUGAAAGACAGUGGUUUACUCUUAUGCGCAUUAUUACCCGCACAAUGGAUUUAAAAAACAUCGAUAUUAUCGUACUAAACACAGAAAGAAUUAACUUUAAAAUUUGAAACUAAAGUGAGUGGAAAAA